AUGACAUUUGGUAUUCGCAAUAUCAUUGGCAUUCAUCGUCUUCACAGGGGUGAAAAAAAUUAUUCAACUCCAUUAUUAUUCAAAACAUAUGCACAAUGGUCCUAUUUGCAACGAAAAGUAUUUGAUUGUCUUAUUUGGUGUCAUUUAGCUCAUGCACUUGAGUUUGGUAUUGCACUUUUAUGUUGGUUUUGGAUUUUUCCAAUGACAUUUCCUGAAGCAAAUGAAUGGCAUUUUAGAUGGACAUCUCGAAUUUUUCUUUAUAAUAUAAUGUGUGAAUUUAUCAUUUAUUCAUUUUGGCAUUGGAUGACUCACUCACGUAUGAGUCCAUAUCCUCGAGGACCGUUACAUGAAAAAAAAUUUAAUCCAGUCAAUGCUUAUGAAGAAAAAGGUCAACGUCAUCUGUUAAGAGAAAUAACAUUUACAACGCUUAGCUGGUUACAUUCUGCUUUUGUUCAAUGCGUUUUUAUGUGGUUAUGGGCUAGUGGUCGAUUACCUUAUUAUGGUGACUUUUGGUCUCGACCAUUCUCUUCGAUUUUUAUUCUUUUGGGUGUUACUUAUUGGAGGAUUCAUCGUUUAAUGCAUCCAUGGUGGUCUAUUCAAUAUGGUUUACGUGAAGGUGACAUUGGCGCAUUUCUCUAUCGUCAUUUUCAUAGUCUUCACCAUCAAAGUCGCAAUCCUGGUCCAUGGUCUGGAUUAUCUAUGCAUCCAGUUGAACAUUUAGUUUAUUACACAUGCACUUAUUUUCCACUAAUGUUUUCAUGUCAUCCACUUCAUUUUCUUUAUGCUAAAUUUCAUGCUGAUAUUGCACCAAUUGGUGGUCAUGAUGGUCAUAAUGACCCAGCUGGUGGUUCAGAUUUUCAUUAUUUACAUCAUGCCUAUUUUGAUUGUAAUUAUGGAGGGCCAUUGAUUGAAUUUGAUCGUUUAUUUGGUACUUACAAAGAAUUUGUGAAGAAACCAUCAACAAUCAAUAAAACUCAAGAUUAA